UCCUCCUGCAACUGAAAAUCGUAAUCGGAGCUAUCAGACCGGAGCGUUUGCACUGUAAAAACCGCUUCCUCGGAGCCAAGACCGAGCCGAUUCUCAGUGCAAUGCACGUUAGGCGUUUAUUUACAUUUUCUGAACCCACAACCGUGUAAAGAUCCAAAAGGAACGGGCUGCAUCGGUGUGUGUUUUAACCAGAAACCCGUCAAAUGAACUCCGUCAGAGCGACCAACCGCAGACCCCGGCGAGUGUCGAGGCCGCGCCCGGUGCCGCCGGACAGAAACAACGCAGAAAGAGAUGAGGAAGUUCCUGCCGAGAUGGUCGCAGAAGAAUCUGGUCAAGGAGCUCAGAAUAGUCCGUACCAACUUCGAAGAAAAUCUCUGUUACCGAAGAGAACAACGUGUCCAACAAAGACCAACAUGGAGGGUGCUUCCACAUCAACAACAGAAAACUUUGGGCAUCGGGCGAAACGUGCCAGAGUGUCUGGAAAAUCACAAGAUCUGCCUGUCACUCCAGCAGAGCAGUACUUGCAGGUGAAGCUUCCUGAUGAGGUGGUUUUAAAGAUCUUCUCGUACCUGUUGGAACAGGACCUUUGUCGAGCUGCAUGUGUGUGCAAACGCUUUAGUGAACUUGCCAAUGACCCCAUCCUCUGGAAGAGACUUUAUAUGGAGGUUUUUGAGUACACACGUCCUAUGAUGCAUCCCGAGUCUGGAAAGUUCUUUCAGAUUAACCCAGAAGAGUACGAGCAGCCCAACCCCUGGAAAGAGAGCUUUCAGCAACUGUAUAAAGGUGCUCAUGUGAAACCAGGCUUUGCAGAACAUUUCUACAGUAACCCAGCCAGAUAUAAGGGACGAGAAAACAUGCUGUAUUACGACACCAUCGAGGAUGCACUGGGAGGAGUUCAGGAAGCCCAUUUUGACGGUUUGAUAUUCGUUCACUCUGGGAUCUACACAGAUGAAUGGAUCUACAUCGAGUCACCGAUCACAAUGAUAGGCGCUGCUCCGGGAAAAGUAGCAGAUAAAGUCAUCAUUGAGAACACUAGAGAUUCAACGUUUGUGUUUAUGGAGGGGUCAGAGGAUGCAUAUGUAGGCUACAUGACAAUAAAGUUUAAUCCUGAUGAUAAAUCAGCUCAACAUCACAACGCUCAUCACUGUUUGGAAAUCACAGUCAACUGCAGCCCCAUCAUUGACCACUGCAUCAUCCGCAGCACCUGCACAGUGGGCUCAGCGGUGUGUGUGAGCGGUCAGGGUGCAUCACCCACUAUCAAACACUGUAACAUCAGUGACUGUGAGAAUGUGGGACUCUACAUCACAGACCAUGCACAGGGCAUUUACGAAGACAACGAGAUAUCCAACAAUGCUCUAGCAGGAAUCUGGGUGAAAAACCACGGCAAUCCCAUCAUCAGACGGAACCACAUCCAUCACGGGAGAGAUGUUGGGGUGUUCACAUUUGACCAUGGCAUGGGCUACUUUGAAAGCUGCAACAUUCACAGGAACCGGAUAGCGGGUUUCGAGGUGAAGGCAUAUGCUAACCCCACAGUAGUGCGCUGUGAAAUCCAUCACGGUCAGACGGGAGGCAUCUACGUACACGAGAAGGGUCGAGGACAGUUCAUCGAAAACAAGAUCUAUGCAAACAAUUUUGCGGGCGUUUGGAUUACUUCCAACAGCGACCCCACAAUCAGGGGUAACACCAUAUUCAAUGGCAACCAGGGUGGUGUUUACAUUUUUGGCGAUGGCAGAGGUCUCAUUGAAGGGAAUGAUAUCUAUGGCAACGCUUUAGCUGGGAUUCAGAUCCGGACCAACAGCUGCCCGAUCGUCCGGCACAACAAGAUCCAUGAUGGACAGCACGGAGGAAUUUAUGUGCAUGAGAAGGGUCAGGGAGUGAUCGAGGAGAAUGAGGUGUACAGUAACACACUGGCUGGUGUUUGGGUGACCACGGGCAGCACACCUGUACUCCGCAGAAACAGAAUACAUAGCGGUAAACAGGUGGGCGUUUAUUUCUAUGAUAACGGUCAUGGUGUGUUAGAAGACAAUGACAUCUACAACCACAUGUACUCUGGAGUUCAGAUCAGAACCGGAAGCAAUCCCAAAAUAAGGAGGAAUAAGAUCUGGGGGGGACAGAAUGGAGGAAUCCUUGUUUACAAUUCAGGUUUAGGCUUUAUAGAAGACAAUGAGAUCUUUGAUAAUGCCAUGGCUGGAGUUUGGAUCAAGACAGACAGCAACCCAACACUCCGCAGAAACAAGAUCCACGAUGGGAGGGAUGGAGGAAUCUGUAUAUUUAACGGAGGACGAGGUUUGUUGGAAGAGAAUGAUAUCUUCAGGAACGCUCAGGCAGGAGUUCUCAUAAGUACCAACAGUCACCCUGUGCUUCGCAAGAACAGAAUAUUUGACGGUUUUGCUGCUGGUAUUGAGAUUACAAAUCAUGCAACUGCAACUUUAGAAGGCAAUCAGAUUUUCAACAACCGUUUUGGCGGGCUGUUCCUUGCAUCUGGUGUCAAUGUCACAAUGAAAGAUAACAAAAUCAUGAACAAUCAAGAUGCGAUUGAAAAAGCUGUGAGCAGAGGUCAGUGCCUGUACAAGAUUUCCAGUUACACCAGCUAUCCUAUGCAUGAUUUUUACAGGUGUCACACCUGUAACACGACAGACCGUAAUGCCAUCUGUGUGAAUUGUAUCAAGAAAUGCCAUCAAGGACAUGAUGUAGAAUUUAUUAGACAUGAUAGGUUUUUCUGCGAUUGUGGCGCUGGGACAUUGUCGAACCCUUGCACGCUAGCUGGAGAGCCAACUCACGACACAGACACACUGUACGAUUCGGCCCCUCCUAUAGAGUCCAACACCCUGCAACACAACUGAAGCAGAGCGCAUCAGCUAAGAGACUCUAUGUGCUCAGUCCAGUGCAGACGAGAUUACACGCUAGAAAUAAUUCAAUUUUAUAAGACAAAAAAAAAAAAAACUCUUUGAAAAAGGAAUUAAUGCAUUAUUGUGUACACUUGCACAUGUUGAGAGGAAACAUUUCUAUUUAAACAAAUGAAAACACAAACAUAGCAUUCUUUGCAAGCGAUUAUUUCGAGAAAUGGAUGGUUGCGAUACUCUUGGGCAAUUGUAUCGUGUACCAGCGUGCCGGAAGGUGGUGACUCAGGAUUUCUGGAGUAACGGAAGGCGAAUGUGGAUGAUCGAGAGUGCAGUUCUAUACGAACCUCGCACAAGCCGAAAGUCUAAGCCAUACGACAGAUACGGCUGCUUUAAAACCAGAACCAGAGCGUAUAGACUUGCAGUGCUUCCCAUGCAACCGUCAACGCGCUAGUGUAUAUGUAUGGUAAAAAAAUUACCCAGCACUUCAGUUUUGGUUUGUUUUGUUUUUUAAAGAGAUGUAAUUGAGUUUUGAUUUUAAUGCUUUCUCAUGUAGUUUUGUAUUUUCAAGCAAAAAUCUUAAAUGUACUUGAAUGUCUUUAUUUUAUUAAGUAUAUUAAUUUUGGAGUUGUUUUUACCUUAGUCUUGCUGUUAUUGUACUCAUGUCGCAGGAUGUAUGUUCUUUCUGUGAAAGAGAUUUGAGGAAAAAAAGAUUGAGAAACACUAAGUAUUCUCCAGCAAUGUUUUAAGUUUGACAAACGUGAUGUUUAUUAAAAAAAAAAAAGAAAAUGUUUUCAUGUGGCUGGUAGCACAACAAUUUGGCCAAUCCGUAUUCAUUCAGAAAUUAUGUAAAAUUUUUAAUUCCCGCCUGCUUAUCCUGAUUGGACGACAGCAGUUCGAAACUGUCCUAGAGCUUGUGGCCGUUGCGUAAAAGACGGCAUGACUUGCGAAAGCAUCGCGUUCUCGUGUCAUUUCACUCAGAAUGCCGCGAGUGAGGUGACAUGCAAGCGGAAACAACAUUGCUGGAGAUGUUAAAAAAGGCUUCUUGCUCAUUUGAAGCUCUGAUGAUUAUCUGUACAGCUUUUUUGUGCUUCCCCCCCCAUCCAACUGUAUUUGGUGACUGUGGGUUCUCAUACAGCCUGAAUUGUAUGCAUGUUCCAUGACAUCUAGACUUAAUAUAUUGUGAAGUACUCAAUAACCAUUAUGUAGCUGUUAGUAAUUAAUCAAAAGGUUUAAUUUCCUAGUCGAAGAGGAACGUGUUACAUUUUUAAAAAUAAACUUUAUUAGAUCA